AUGGUUUCCAAUCCCCCAACGCCUCCCGUCCCACGUCCUCAGCCAUGCAUUUACCAUCUUGGUGGCUACUGCUCUCGCGGACCCUCCUGUCGCUUCUCACACGACACGCCCUCCCAGGCGGCGCAACCCCCUCUCAACUCUCAAGCCCCCGCCGUGUGCGAGUUCUACAGACUUGGCGUUUGUAAGUUCGGAGCCUCUUGUCAGCUUUACCAUGCUCCUCUUGCGGACCUCGCAAUAUCCCCAAAAGUCGGCUCCGAAUCAGGGGUCAAGGCGUCAAAACCACCCAACGACAUCCCAGCCACCUCCAGGGGGAUGCCCUCAUCUGCUUUUGGGUCGUGCAAGUUCUUUGCUCGAGGAUUAUGCUCGAAAGGGGACACCUGUCCUUAUGGCCAUCCACAAUUGGCACGCCCUCAGGCCAGCUCGACUCGUUCCCCCGUUCCCAAGUUUCGAAAUGCGCCGGCGCAAAUCCCUGCCUUUGGGUCUUGCAAGUUUUACGCGCGAGGCCGAUGCAGCAAAGGGGACACAUUGCAAACCAUCACUCGAACGAAGCUCGGAUGCACGGUCACGUAUGGAUCAGGAGUCGCAAUCGAGAGCAUCGUAACCAGCUUUGAGUCUUAUAUCGUUCUCGUCCACAACAUACCUGCUUCUACUUCACACUCCCGACUCAUCGCCCUGGCGGAACGCUUCGGUGACCUCAAGACCUGCCUCCUCACUCCCGCGCGUGACACCCACUCUCGAGCGUCGGCCCGCAUCGAGUACCUCACCACCUCCGACGCCUCGCGCGCCGCCGACGAGAUCGUUGACAUCGUUGAGCUCUGCCGCCCAACCGCACGGCUCGACCUGCGCGCGGGGGAGAGCGGCAAGGCAGUCCUGCAGAGCACCAAGGUCAAGCUCAGCUGGUACGCACCCACGCGCAUCGCCUGGGCACACUACUCCUCGAUCGCAAAGGCCAAGACGGAGGCCGCGCGCAUCAACGGGGAGCCGUUCGACGGGCACCCUGUUCGCGCCUCAUUCCAACCCCCGACACGGAACCAGACGGGGAACUUCUCCGUGGAGAUCAAGGGCCUCCCCCUCGACGCCGACACACCUCACAUCCAGCGGUUCAGCCAUGCCCAGUCCGUCACCCGCGGCAGCCCCAGCUUUGAGCGCGAGGGCGCAGAGCGGCAGCUCCACGACCUCCUCGCACGCGCGGGGCCCCUCGAGUCCUUCGAGCCCAUCGAGCCCUCCCCGCAGGCGCACAAGAAGCCGUCGGCGAAGCUGGUCGCAUUUGCGCAGUUCGCGGACCCCGCGGUGGCCGCGCGCGCCGUCGCAGACCUCCACGGCACGCAGCAGCCCUUCCUCCGCAACAGCCAGGUCUUCCUCGAGCCUGUGCACGCGGUCAAAUACGCUCUGCCGCCCGCGCAAUACGCCGCGCUCCGCGCCGAGCUCGACGCGCUGAGCGCGCAGCACGCGACGUGCCGCCUGCGCGUCCACGACCGCGACGCACAGGGCGCCCCGGCCACGCGCGUGUCCGUGCGCGCGUACGGGCCCGACGCGCGUGCGCUGGGGAGGCUCAAGGCCGCGCUCGAGCGCGCUCUCGAGGGCGAUGCUGUGCUCGACCCCAAGGGGUCCCUCGCCUCUGCGGGUGCGUCGGGCACCUUGGAGCGUAUCACCGCACAAACGCACGCGUUCGUCGCCCCCGAUACGCGCACCCGCACGGUGAAGGUGUGUGGGAGCGAGAGCGCACGCACUGCCGCUCGGACGCUGCUUGCGGAUGCGCUCACGAGGCUGGAGAGCGAGGAGCGCUGCAUCCCGCUCGACCCGCGUGCGUUUCGCGCCGUGCUCCACGGCGGCCUCGCUGUCGUCCAGGCCACCGUGGCCCCGAGCAACCUGCAGCUGGACGUCGUGCGCCGGCGCAUCAUGGUGCAGGCCGGCGACGUGCGCGCCGUCCAGGACGCCGUUGCGCGCUUGUGCGCUGGGGAGUCUCGCAAUGCGACAGUGGACGCCGAGUGCCCGGUGUGCAUGUGCGAGGUGUCCGUGCCGCUCGCGCUGCCCUGCGGACACACCUACUGCCGCGCGUGUCUGCAGCACUACCUCGUCUCCCUCGCCCAGUCCGCCCCAGGCGGCGCGACGCUCGCGACGUGCCUCGCAGACGUCCCCGCUCCGGCCGCCGGCCGCGCCAAAUCCAAGCCCUGCGGCCACGCCAUCGCGCUCGACACGGUCCGCGCGCUGCUCUCGCCCGCCGAGGAGGAGGUGCUGCUCGCCGCCGCGUUCCUCGCGCACAUCCACGCGCGCCCGCACGACUUCCGCUACUGCCCCACCGCGGACUGCCCGACGGUCUACCGCCCGGGGGCGGACGACACGGUGCUGCGCUGCCCGUCGUGCGCCGCGCGCGUCUGCGCGGCGUGCCACGUCGAGCACCACGCAGGCUUGUCGUGCGCGGAGCACCGGGACAACACGGCCGGGGGCCACGCCGCGUUCCGCGAGUGGAGGGAGCGGAACGGGAUCAAGGCGUGCCCCGGGUGCGGGGCGGACCUGGAGAAGAGCGGGGGGUGCAACCACAUGACGUGCGCGCGGUGCGGGACGCACAUGUGCUGGGUCUGCAUGAAGACGUUCGGGGCGUCUUCGUGGUACACCGAGCACUCGCGCUUCAAGCACUGA